AUGAGUGUCUUUGUUUGCUUAGCCAAGUGUGCUAAAAUGCCAACAGCUGUUUGCAGUCGUGUAACCCUUGUACAGUUCCAAAGAAACUAUUGGUUGAUUAAGAAACACAAAGUUAAAGGGAAAAGGAGAGUUUACUUGCACUGCACCCUUUUUUUUUCUGUCUUUUCAUACUUCACUUCUGCACUCUUGUUACUCAUUAAUGAAACUUUCCGGGUUUUUUUUUGUCUUAAUUUACUGCUCACAUUUCCCUUCUUUCUUCUUUCCUUUUUCUUUUUAUUAUUUUCUCUUUAUCCUUUAUCUUUCCUUUUCCCUUUGCUCUUUCCUUUUCCUUUCUCUUUUCCCUUUCUCUUCACUUUUCCCUUUCUCUUCUCUUUUCCCUUUCUCUUUUUCUUUUUUCUUUCUCUUUUUCUUUUUUCUUUUUCCUUUCUCUUUUCCUUUUUCUUUCUCUUUUCCUUUUUUUUUCUCUUUUCCUUUUUUUUCUCUUUUCCUUUUUCUUUCUCUUUUCCUUUUUCUUUCUCUUUUCCUUUUUCUUUCUUUUUUCUUUUUCCUUUCUCUUUUCCUUUUCCUUUCUCUUUUUCUUCUUGCUAUCAUUUUCCAAAAGAUAAGGAUACCAAGGAUAAGCUGGGUCCGAGUGACCGAGACAAGAGCAAAGAAUCGGUCAUCAGCAGUCGUCCAGUUGUUACCUCAGCUUCAGUGGCCACAACCACUGUCACAGCAAGUACUUUGAGCACCACCACCCCAGCUAGUUCCUUGACUGGCACCAGUGUUAGCACCUCUCCAACCACAACUGCUGCCACCACAACAACUGCUUCUACCACUACUAUCACUAGCAGUGUGGUCAGUAGUGUCCCACAAACCACUUCUGCGUCAACCAACACAAUCAUUAGUAGUGUUAGUUCAUCUGUCACACCAAGCAAUCUUACUAAUCGAGCUGUAGUUAAGGGUACAAAGCUGCUUUCUAAGCAGCCAGAAGCUCCCAAACCUUCAGCAGUGCCUGAAAAUGGCAUCACGAGUAUCCCAAAAUUUUAUUUUCCCAAUGGCCGUCCAGCCCCUUCAGAGGAGAUUGAAGCCACCCUUCAGAAUGUGGCAGCAGAGUUUUCUAAGGCAGAAGGAGGGAAAAUAUCAAAGCAUAAUAUGCCUGUCAUAGUUAAGGCUCUCAGUUUUCCUUUGUACUGGAAAAGCAUGUUGUUCAGAGCUGCUGGAGGAGAAAAAUUGGGAUAUAUUACCUUCCAGAUGUUUUCCUCAAUGUGGAGAAAGCUUUCCCUGCAAUGGGGAGAAGAUAAAGUUCAGAUACAUUUAGGAGAAAAGAAACUAAUUUUUUAUUGCAUGUAUCUUAUUCUGUUUGUCUAUUUCUUCCUUUUCUCUUUCUAUCUAAUCCUGUUUCUCUUACUCUCAUUAUCUAUCUAUCUAUCUAUCUAUCUAUCUAUCUAUCAAUAA